AUGCUGAUAUGUAUAGCGUUGGUGAUCAAGGAAUCGAACGCACGACCUCCGUGGCUGUCACCAGGCAGUGGGGUCUUCACUGAGUCAGCAGAAUGUCAUACAGACGACGAACUGCUUGAUCUAUGUCAGCGAUGCGCUAAACUCACUAAAUCUAAACUGGCCUACCCAGCUUGUUGCUCAACUGAUCUUCAAGCAAGAAAGUGGUGUUCAGACUACGUCUACUUCGGUAGAGGACAAUACGACUUUUAUCUCAUUUGA